AUGGCAAAUUAACCUUUUAAAUUGUUUUCAUUUUAAUCAUAAGACCCGAAAACUGAAGCUUAAGAUGAAAAUUAAAAUAAGGAUUAAGAAUCAGAAGAAUAAUAAAGAAACUAAACAAUAUAAAUGAUUUGGAAUAAUAAACCUAAUCCUAAUUAUAAGCUUUAGUUUUACAAUUAUUAUUCAGAUUAGGUUGCAGUCGAUUUUUCUUUGAAAACUUACAAUAAAUUCACUUCUUACCAUAUUCCUAAAUUAAAGCAUUACUUAAGGUAUUGAGAUAAAUUCAAGCUUAGAUUUUCUUCAAAAUUAUUUCCAGAACAAAUUGAAGCAACAAAAAAUAUGUUUUAUAACUCUUUUAUGUCAGAUCCUACUGAAUCAUAAUUAAUAAUGAAACCCUAUGCUGGCUAAUACUCAUAACAACCUUAAUAUCAUUUUUUAAAAAGAAAUUGA